GCCUUUUGUAGAGGUUCUAUUAUCCAAUGCCCCUCCUAAAGAGAACCCCUUUCUCCUUACUGGAACCACCAAAGGACUUGGAUCCUAAUGAGAAGGUGUUCCAAAUUGAUUUCACGAAGGAGAUAUUCCGAGAUUAUCAGGAAUACCUGAAUAGGUUGGAUCUCUACCAUCAGAAUGUAUGGACUUGUAAAGUGUCCGGAAAGUCUAAGCUUACCUACAAGGAAGCUUUGAUCUGUGAGCAACAAGCUGCAGCAAAGGCUCAACAGUUGCCAAAAGAGCUGAUGGCUCCUGUUCUCCGGAUGAUUCAGCACAGCACUCUUAGCUUGACUGAUCUUGUCGACAAAGUAUACAGUAGUCUGGUAUUGGAUCUUUUUGAAGGACUAGAAUUGCAUGCUAAAAAAGAUGGGUCUGAGGCUGCUUGCAAGAUCUUGAAGGUUAUAAGCUCUGAUGGGACCAAGUCAUAUGAAGUGGGUUGGAUUGGUAAAGGCAAUGAAGUAAUCGACACUUCAGUGGUCAAAGCUGAUGAUCUGAUUCGCAAGAAGGCACCUACUAGUCGUAAGGCACUGAAAUUUUUUAUUAGGGAAUCGACAUCAGAAACUUCUCCAUGGACACUGCAUGCAGAUCUUGCAAAGAAAUAUGGGAUACCCACUGAGGUCCCAGUAGAUAUUAUGAAUGGUGAAGGCUUGAACAAAGGGAGGAAAAGAUUUGUAAAUGAAGAAGAUGCCAGCAAAAACUUGAAGAAAGGUCAGUUAGUAGAACCACGGGUUAAAUAUCCAAUUGAUGAUCUUUUAGUAAAGCCUGCAGCAGAUGACCCCAUUUUGUCAAAUAGACCUCCACCAUCUAAAGAUUUCAGAGUGCCUGUAGAUUCUGUGGGAGAUCUCCUUAUGGUAUGGAACUUCUGUUUGUCAUUCGGGAGGCUUCUAUGCUUGUCACCAUUUUCCCUGUCAGAUCUGGAGAAUGCAAUUUGCACCAAAGAAAGCAACCUUGUUCUUGUGGUAGAAAUACAUUCUGCACUUCUCCAUUUGCUUAUUAAAGAUGAGAGUGAAUAUUUUACAAUUCUCCAGAACAAGAAAAAGAUACUAAAGGUAACAUUUGUUAAAUGGUCUGAGUAUCUAUGCAAUUUCCUGGAGAUGAUAAGCAAAGAAGAGUUCUCUGGUAAGGUGUCAACUAUACGAAGGGGUAGUUAUGGUCUUCUUGAGACUCGUCUGAAGCUUAAAAUUCUAAGGGAAUUGGUAGAGGAAGCCAUUACAACUUCUUCUGUGCGAGAGAAGAUAGCUGAACAGAUUGACCAGCAGGGAGCACUUGUAGCUGCAAGAAAAGAAGAUGCUAGAAAGAAUAGGGGAGAGAAACUUAACGUGGAAGGGGUAGCAGAAAACGGAAGAAAUCACACUGAUAAUACACUAGACGGUGACAAGCCUCCUAAGGGUCAGCGUAGUGGGGAAGAACGAGAGGACUUGAACAUUUUAUCUUCCAGCAAAAUGUUUCUGAGAAGACACCCUGAAACAGAAAUGGAGCAGCAAUCUGUACUACCCAGUCCUCUUGGAAAAGACAGAUUCUAUAACAAGUAUUGGUUCUUUAUGUGCGAAGGAAGACUUUUUGUUGAAAGUGAAAAUUCCAGAGAGUGGGGUUACUACAGCACUAAGCAAGAGCUUGAUGCACUCCUUGGAUCAUUCAACAUCAAAGGCAUAAGGGAGAGAGCACUCAAGCGUCAGCUUGACAAGCUCUAUGAUAAGAUAAGAUGA